AUGUCAAAUAAUCGUGAUUCUAUUAUUUCUUUGUAUUUGAAAAAUGUUCGACAAUGUGACAUCGCAAGACGGCUCGAUAUCUGUCGUAAGUUAGUUUCCAAAACAAUUAAACGCUAUCAGGAGCUUGGUAAUACUCAGGACCGCCCUCGUAGUGGCCGGCCGGUAACCGCAGUUACGCCUGAGAACGUGAACAAGGUCAGAUGCCGAAUUCGCCGUUUUUCGGAACAAUCGAUGCGAAAAAUGUCCUCAGAUCUCGGAAUUAGCUCGAGGAGCCUCCGAAGAAUUGUCAAAGUGAAGCUUGGACUUCGUAGCUACAAGAUCAGCCGCGGACAUUUCCUUAACGAUCGUAUGAAGCAUCAGCGGCUUCAGAAAUGUCGAAAGAUUAAACGGCUGGUCGCAGCUGGUCGCCUUAACAAAGUGCUUUUCACUGACGAGAAGAUUUUUACGAUCCAACCGCGCCACAAUAGUCAAAAUCAUCGACAAUUGCUAAGAAAGAAAGGCCUUGCUGCAAAGCUUGUUGAACGAAGCCUUUUUCCUCGAUCGGUAAUGGUCUGGGGCGGCAUCUGCGCAACCGGAAAAACACCACUUGUCUUUAUUGAAAGAAACGUAAAAAUUAAUGCUACAGUCUAUCAAAAUGACAUUCUGAGGGGGGUAGUUCAUCCAUGGGCACGGGAGCAUUUCGGUGAAAACCAAUUCUCGCUUCAGCAGGAUUGGGCACCCGCGCAUGGAGCCAAAACAACAAUCCAGCUCUGUGAGGAGCUGUUUCCUGGCUUUUGGGGGAAAGACAUUUGGCCUUCUAACUCACCGGAUUUAAAUCCGAUGGAUUAUUCUAUUUGGUCAAUUCUGGAGCAAAAAGUGUGCCGAAAACGAUACGCCACAACAGAGCAACUGAAAGUUGUUUUGGAGCGGGCUUGGAACGAAAUAACCGACGAACAAUGCGCGACCAUUGUGAAUAACUUUCAUAAGCGUUUGAAUGCGUGUAUUUCAGUCAGGGGUGGUCAUUUUGAGCAAUUACUUAAAUAA